AGGUCAUUCUAUGCAUGUGGUCAGUCCCGCCCCCUCAAUAUGGCAUCUCGACCUGAACACCGUGCACCUCCAGAGAUUUUCUAUAAUGACCUAGAAGCAAGAAAGUACACACAAAACUAACCAUGAGCUCUGUGUUUUCCUCAUCCUUCCAUUGGCCGCCACGCUUGCUAGUGUUGAGGGCUAUACUGGUGGUGGUCGGAGGGUUCAUGGUUCACUUCACUCUCGGCACCAUCUACACAUUCGGGAACAUGGCUCCAUACAUAGUCUCUUAUAUACGCAAUCAGUCCCACCCUCAAGACUUGAACAAUGCCACCUCUUCCUGGAUAUUUGCGUGUGCUCUGAUUGGCCAAGGUGGAGCCAUGUUUAUUGGUGGUUGGUUGGUUAAUAAGAUAGGUCCAAGGUUCACGACCUUACUAGGUGGUUGGAUUAUGAGCGCUGGCGUUGCUCUUUCCUUCUUUGCUAUCAAGGUAUCGUUUUGGCUCCUGUUGUUCACUUACGGCAUACUGUUUGGAGUGGGGGUUGGCAUAGCGUAUAUUGGACCUUUGACCUCUGCUAUGAAGUGGAUGCCUAAAUGGAAGGGUCUUGCCAACGGUGUCGUGGUGGCCGGGUUUGGACUGGGGGCUCUGGGGUUCAACGCUCUGCAAACACUAUACAUCAACCCUCGCAACUCGAAAACUUUUGAUGGACAAUAUUUCACUGACCCUGAACUGAUUAGUCGAGUGCCAUGGAUGUUCCUGCUAAUGGGAGGUAUUUAUGCAGGCAUACAACUGAUUGGCUCGCUCAUGAUAACCACACCCCCUCCAAACUAUGGACAAACAGACGAAAAAGUAACCAAUGAGAUUGCUGCUGGCGAGAAAGAGGAGGAGAGAAAAGACGACAGAAUAACCACCGAGUAUGAUUACAAGGAAGGCGGUCCAGACAGUUUGACAAGUAGUCCAGACAACAGUUUGACGAGCAGUCUAUUGAAAGGGGGUGUGGCUCUCAAUGGAGGGGCGGAGUCUGAUGAUGAGGAAACAAAGGAGGAGGAGAAACUCAAGUUGCUACAAGAUGACACACAACCAGGGCGACCGGAUCUCGAGAGCUCUCUUGCCUCUAACUUGUUUCUACCCACCAACGUGGCUAGCAGCCUCUCCCCGAGACAAGUACUCACCAAGCCUAACUUUUACAUCCUCUGGUUCAUGUUCCUCUCCAAUGGAAUGGCUACCAUGUUCAUAGCCACCCUCUACAAGGUGUUUGGACUUGGCUUUAUCCAUGAUGACCAUUACUUGGCUAUUGUUGGUUCUGUAUCAGCUGUGUUCAACUGCGCUGGUCGGAUUGUGUGGGGGCUUUUGGCUGAUCUGGUCUCAUACAAGUUCUGUCUAGUGGUCAUGUCUGCUAUUAUGACUGUGUUUAUGCUUACUUUAUAUUCUACGAUACUCGGAGGAAAGAUUAUGUACUUUGUGUGGGUGUGUGUUAUAUUUUUCUGUGUUGGUGGCAACUUCUCUUUGUUCCCUACUGCCGUGGGUAGAGCCUUUGGUCUCAAGUACGCUGCCAUUAACUAUGGGAUGCUGUUCACUAGUCAAAUCAUUGCUGGAUCUCUUGGGGCAACGGUAUCAACUCUGCUCAAGAGUGUUAUUGGAUUUUAUGGACUCUUGUUUGUAGUUAGUGCCUGUUCUGGUUUAGGAAUGCUCCUGGCUCUAGUGUACAGGCCUAAACGUUAUGUGACUCUAUUGACCCAAACCAACUAGUGGUGUGUGUGUGUGUAGUUAGCUGUGUCUAUUGUACGUGUGUUAUUGUAAUGCUAUUGUGAACACAAUGAUUGUUAUUUCCUUGA